CUCUAUCUCUCUCUCUUCCCCUCCCUCUUUCUCUGUCUCUCUCUCUCUCUGUCUCUCUCUGUCUCUGUCUCUAUCUCUCUCUCUUCCCCUCCCUCUCUCUCUGUCUCUCUCUGUCCUGGACUACUGCAGGAAGUAGUAUUAUUAUGUUGUGGAAUGUUGCAUCCUGCUAAAUAUAGAUAAUCUGUUUCCGUUCUCCCUUUUCCCUCCCUCGUUCUCUUUCUCUGUUUUUUUUCUUGUUCUGUUUUCCUGCAGAUGGGCCUGAAAUAGCUGUGGUGUCAUCAGACGCACCUGGGAAUUCAGGCCUAAACGCUUCAGUCUUAUGUGUGUGAUCUCGACCAGUUAUCUAACGCGAUCCUUCCCUCUUACUGCGUCACAAUGCAGAUCCUACUGUGUGUGUGUGUGUGUGUGUGUGUGUGUGUGUGUGUGUGUGUGUGUGUGUGUGUGUGUGUGUGUGUGUGUGUGUGUGUGUGUGUGUGUGUGUGUGUGUGUGUGUGUGUGUGUGUGUGGGGGGUGUGUGUGUGUGUGUGUGGGUGGGUGGGUGUGUGUUUACACAACCUCCAGUUGUUGUAGCUGAGACAGACCAUACUGUAUAUUUAGACCAUGACAUCACCACCAGUCCCUCCAAUCGCAGACAUGCUCCAGUAGUGUGAAGAUGGAUCACUGUACAGCACAUAAUGAAGGAACAAGGUGUUGUGGGAAUGUCGCGGCAGCCCGGUGCCGUCCCUCCCUCUCACCCUACCGGGGGUGUGGCCUCGGGCGCGGGGCCCAAUCAGGGAGCAGGGGCCCCUCCCGGUUACCUGGGCAACCAGCAGCAGGCGGCCAUGAUGAAACAGAUGAUGGUGAUGGAGCAGGAGAAGAGAGUUCAGCUCCACAUGAUGGAACAGCAGAAACAACAGCUACUGAGAGAACAGAGGCAGCAGCAACAACAGCUACUACUGGCUGAACAGCUCCAGCAGCAGCAGCAGCAGCAUCUCCCCAGACAGAUGGUCCAGGGUCAGAGAAACCCCUACCCACAGGUCAACCAGUAUCAAGGAACGCCCCAGGAGAUGGCGGUGAGGAGCCAGGCUAUCCAGAACAUCCGCGCCACCCGCCUCCUCCAACAACAACAACAGAACCAGCAGAUGGUCCAGAUGAACCAAGGCAUCCCAGGGGGCUCGGUGGGUCCACAACCCGACAUGGGCCUCCCCUACGGCGGGCAGGGAUCCGGCCAGCAGUCCCUCUACAGCCUCAACCCCUCCAUGAGCCAAAUGAUGCAGCAGCAGCAGCAGCACCAACAGAACCAAAGCGUCCAGGCCUCCAUGGGUCUUCCACCAGGACACAACCCAGCAGCGCAGGCCCAGAGGCAGGCAGGAGGAGGGGUUGGAGGUGGAGGAGGAUACGGAGGACCACAGGGGAUGAUGAUGAACUCCAUGUCCCAGCAGCCCCUCAAGGGCCCGCCCAACGCCAAAGCCCAGGCCCAGAGGUUGCAGGGCAUGCUGGGAAUUGGAGGAGGAGGACCGGGAGGAGGAGGACCACAGGGAGGGAUGGGAGGGUGGCCACCCCAGCAGGGGCAGUCCCUCCAGGGGAUGGGAGGGCCAGGAGGGGUGGGAGGACCAGGCAGGACUACAGGUGAUAUGGUGGGCUUUGGAUCGGCCCAUGGGGGCUACGGCUCCAUGCAGCCGGGUCAACAGCCUCCACACCCACGCCUGGCCAAGCAACACUUCCCUGGGCACCCACAGGGACACCCCCACCCCCAGGCUAUGGGUCAGGGCCAGCCCAUGGACCCCAGGGCUAUGAACCCUGCGGCGGGCAUGGCCGGGCCAAUGAUUGCCCCUCACAUGGCUGGACCAGGACAGCCCAGGACCAACCAGCCCAGACCCAUGGUAAUGCCGGGACAGGGGGUGAUGGGCCAGGGUGUGCCCAACAUGGGGGCCUUUGGACAGGGGCCGGCGAUGGGGGUUGGCCCUGGGGGUGGGGGUGGAGGAGGGUAUGUGGGACAAGGGGGGGUCGGAGGUCAGCCUCAGGGCUACCAGAGGACGUCUAGUCAGGACCUGUCAUCUUAUGGAUACGGGGGCGGGCAGGUGGCGCCGUCGGGCGGGGGGUUCGGAUUGGCCGACGGGACAGGGGCGGACUUGGACUCAAGUGACGGUUGGAUGGAAGAGUUCUUCCCCAACCAAUAGCAGAGCUGGAAAUGUACUGGGGAGUUUUUACUGGAGGGACUAACGACAAACUGCGUGGGGAAAACUUUAUUGAGACGAGAGAACUGGACAGACAGACGGACAGUCGCCAUAUUUUGUUUUGUAAAGCAUGAACGGACAAGAAGAAGAGUUCUGUGUUGUGUAUUUAUGUGUGUGUGUGUGGAGAGUGUGUUUGUGGAGAGUGUGUGUGUGCACCUGUGUGUACUGUCACAGUAUUUAAAAGGCCUCUAACGGUAAACGCGGUCUGGUGGUUGUGAAAUAUCAUUCAAGAAAGGGAAGUGAAUUUGGUUUUGUUGUCCUUUUGGGCCAUGUUUUAAACCCAACCCUUUAGCAGUGAGUCAACUGAUAGGUUAAGACACAAGAGACAGGAGACUGACUACAAGACAGGAGAGAGACAGGAGACUGACUACAAGACACGAGAGACAGGCGACUGACUACAAGACAGGAGAGAGAGACAGGAGACUGACUACAAGACAGGAGAGAGACAGGAGACUGACUACAAGACACGAGAGACAGGCGACUGACUACAAGACAGGAGAGAGAGACAGGCGACUGACUACAAGACAGGAGAGAGAGACAGGAGACUGACUACAAGACAGGAGAGAGAGGAGACUGACUACAAGACAGGAGAGAGAGACAGGAGACUGACUACAAGACACGAGAGACAGACGACUGACUACAAGACAGGAGAGAGAGACAGGAGACUGACUACAAGACAGGAGAGAGAGACAGGAGACUGACUACAAGACAGGAGAGAGAGACAGGAGACUGACUACAAGACAGGAGAGAGAGACAGGAGACUGACUACAAGACAGGAGAGAGAGACAGGAGACUGACUACAAGACACGAGAGACAGGCGACUGACUACAAGACAGGAGAGAGAGACAGGAGACUGACUACAAGACAGGAGAGAGAGACAGGAGACUGACUACAAGACAGGAGAGAGAGACAGGAGACUGACUACAAGACAGGAGAGAGAGACAGGAGACUGACUACAAGACACGAGAGACAGGCGACUGACUACAAGACAGGAGAGAGAGACAGGAGACUGACUACAAGACAGGAGAGAGAGACAGGAGACUGACUACAAGACAGGAGAGAGAGACAGGCGACUGACUACAAGACAGGAGAGAGAGACAGGCGACUGACUACAGGACAGGAGAGAGAGACAGGAGACUGACUACAAGACAGGAGAGAGAGACAGGAGACUGACUACAAGACAGGAGAGAGAGACAGGAGACUGACUACAAGACAGGAGAGAGAGACAGGAGACUGACUACAAGACAGGAGAGAGAGGAGACUGACUACGAGACAGGAGAGAGAGACAGGAGACUGACUACAAGACACGAGAGACAGGCGAAUGACUACAAGACAGGAGAGAGAGACAGGAGACUGACUACAAGACACGAGAGACAGGCGACUGACUACAAGACAGGAGAGAGAGACAGGAGACUGACUACAAGACAGGAGAGAGAGACAGGAGACUGACUACAAGACAGGAGAGAGAGACAGGAGACUGACUACAAGACAGGAGAGAGAGACAGGAGACUGACUACAAGACACGAGAGACAGGCGACUGACUACAAGACAGGAGAGAGAGACAGGAGACUGACUACAAGACAGGAGAGAGAGACAGGAGACUGACUACAAGACAGGAGAGAGAGACAGGCGACUGACUACAAGACAGGAGAGAGAGACAGGCGACUGACUACAGGACAGGAGAGAGAGACAGGAGACUGACUACAAGACAGGAGAGAGAGACAGGAGACUGACUACAAGACAGGAGAGAGAGACAGGAGACUGACUACAAGACAGGAGAGAGAGACAGGAGACUGACUACAAGACAGGAGAGAGAGACAGGAGACUGACUACAAGACAGGAGAGAGAGACAGGAGACUGACUACAAGACAGGAGAGAGAGACAGGAGACUGACUACAAGACACGAGAGACAGGCGACUGACUACAAGACAGGAGAUAGACAGGAGACUGACUACAAGACAGGAGAGAAAGACAGGCGACUGACUACAAGACAGGAGAGAGAGACAGGCAACUGACUACAAGACAGGAGAGAGAGACAGGAGACUGACUACAAGACAGGAGAGAGAGACAGGAGACUGACUACAAGACAGGAGAGACGGGAGACUGACUACAAGACAGGAAAGAGAGACAGGAGACUGACUACAAGACAGGAGAGAGAGACAGGAGACUGACUACAAGACAGGAGAGAGAGACAGGAGACCGACUACAAGACAGGAGAGAGAGACAGGAGACUGACUACAAGACAGGAGAGAGAGACAGGAGACUGACUACAAGACAGGAGAGAGAGACCGGAGACUGACUACAAGACAGCAGAGAGAGACAGGAGACUGACUGCAAGACAGGAGAGAGAGACAGGAGACUGACUACAAGACAGGAGAGAGAGACAGGAGACUGACUACAAGACAGGAGAGAGAGACAGGAGACUGACUACAAGACAGGAGAGAGAGACAGGAGACUGACUACAAGACAGGAGAGAGAGACAGGAGACUGACUACAAGACAGGAGAGAGAGGAGACUGACUACAAGACAGGAGAGAGAGACAGGAGACUGACUACAAGACAGGAGAGAGAGGAGACUGACUACAAGACAGGAGAGAGAGACAGGAGACUGACUACAAGACAGGAGAGAGAGGAGACUGACUACAAGACAGGAGAGAGAGACAGGAGACUGACUACAAGCUCUCAAACAGGGAGAAUCUUUCAAUAUAGGGGUAGAAAAUCUAUAUUUAUUUUCCCAGUAUUAGUUUUUCUUGGAUACCUGGGUAAUUGGAUUGAGUCUGACAGGUUUCACAUCUAUCCCUCCACGUUAUAUUCAUGCUGUGUGUGAUGGCGUGUGAUCGUAGCAUUUCUACACAUGCAGGUCCCUUUGAAAGACAGACAGACAGACAGACAGACAGACAGACAGACAGACAGAGACAGACAGACAAGGAGAUAAACACACACACCGUCACGUCAACCCACUUCUGACAGCCAUCAGAGCUCAGAAGAGAGCUGUCACCUCUGUCUGGGAACUGGUUGACAUCUCUCCCUCUCUCUACUCCCAUUUCUUCCCUGUUCCACUCCCCUCUCUCCCUCUCUCUACUCCCAUUUCUUCCCUGUUCCACUCCCCUCUCUCCCUCUCUCUACUCCCAUUUCUUCCCUGUUCCACUCUUCUAUUCACCCUCCCCUCUCCACUCUCUCCCUCUCUCCCUCCCUUCCCACUCUUUCCCUCCCUCUCUCACUCCCUGCCCCCUCUCUCUUUCUCACUCUCCCUUCCCUCCGUCCCCUCGCUCGCUCUCCCUCCCUUUCCACUCUUUCCCUCACUCUCUCCCUCCUCUCUCUCCCUCCCCACUCUUUCUCUCUCCCUCUCUCCCUCCCCACUUUCUCCCUCUCUCCUCUAGAGAGUUGUUUUUUGUCUGCGUUCGUUGGUUUGUUCGUCUUGCUGUGUGUACUGUGACAACAUCAAAACAAAACAGAUUGCGUUCUUCUUUUGUGGCGGUAUUUAGCGCAGGCGCUGUGUGGUCGCCCCCACGGUCCUGUUGCUAAGCAACCGGCCUGCUCUCUCUCUCUCUCUCUCUCUCUCUCUCUGAGCCGAGCUUCUCUUCAUUUCCUGUUUGUGGUAGCUGUUACACACACGCCACACACACAGCGCACACACACACACACACCACUCCCCGACGGCUGAAAGGAGAAGUAGAUUGUUGUCAGUCAGUCAGUCAGCCAGUCAGUCAGUCAGCCAGUCAGUCAGUCAGCCAGCCAGUCAGUCAGUCAGCCAGUCAGCCAGUCAGCCAGUCAGUCAGCCAGUCAGCCAGUCAGCCAGUCAGCCAGCCAGUCAGCCAGCCAGCCAGUCAGUCAGUCAGUCAGGCAGUUAAGGGAGUUAGUGGCAACAACAUAACAUCAUCCUCUGUCUGUGUUAUUAUCAAUUAUAUAUAAAUGGAUUAAAAAGACGUAUAGCAAAAGGAUUAGCUAGGCAUUGAAUGUAUUCAAGCACCACAAGUGACUUCAUUUGAAAUAGAAUCUAACAACCGUUGUCGGCCAUCUUGGAGCCCCUCGGAUAUGUUUUUUUGUCCUUCUUUGUACUUGUGUUUUUUUAAAUUCUAAUUGCUUCCCGAAUUGGUCUGAAAUGAAAUGUUAUUUUGACAGUUACCUUCAACACAAUGCAUACUAUCUCUGUUCUGUUCUCUGUUGCUUUAGUCUAGUAGGCCUACAUACAAACAGCUGUUGAUGAAUGAGGCAAUCUGAGCUCUGUUCUGUUCUCUGUUGCUUUAGUCUAGUAGGCCUACAUACAAACAGCUGUUGAUGAAUGAGGCAAUCUGAGCUCUGUUCUGUUCUCUGUUGCUUUAGUCUAGUAGGCCUACAUACAAACAGCUGUUGAUGAAUGAGGCAAUCUGAGCUCUGUUCUGUUCUCUGUUGCUUUAGUCUAGUAGGCCUACAUACAAACAGCUGUUGAUGAAUGAGGCAAUCUGAGCUCUGUUCUGUUCUCUGUUGCUUUAGUCUAGUAGGCCUACAUACAAACAGCUGUUGAUGAAUGAGGCAAUCUGAGCUCUGUUGAUUCGAUGUGUUGCAACCAUGAACUGUUUGACUGUGAAGAGAGAUGCCUACAGACCUCCAACCCUAACGAGAUGGAGAGGUUUAAAACCAGGUUGUGGUGGUGGUGGCUAGUACAAUUACACUACUACCAGUGUGUCCCCCCCAGCGGUGAGAUGCUGAGCGGAGAAAGAGGCAGGUUUGCCCCCAGGCUUCUCUAAACGUCAAUGUCAUGAGAACAUGAGAAUUGUGUCAUGUCAACAAACCAGCCAAAAAGCCUUCCACUAGUCUUAACUAACCCCAUGUUUAGUUCACUGCCUCGCCAUAGCAACCACACCAAUGUUGUUGAUUAUAUUCUGUCAAAUAUACACAUAGUUUUUGUGUAUCUAAGUGAGUUAAAAGACCUCUCUCCAAAGCACAGCUACGGUUGGUAAAACGCCCAUGAAAUAGUUUUGCUAAAUGUUUAGUUUUUAUUUUAUAUUUUGGGAAUGUAGGCUGUCCUCUGUGGUUCUGUAGUGUUGUGAGAAAGACCGGCUCCAGGUCAGAGUAUCCCUUAAAGGGAGAUCUAGGAUCAGUUUCCCAUCCUCAAACCCUAACCUUCACUGUUGGGAGAGGACAAACACAAAACUGAUCUUAGAUCAGUGUCUAAGGGGCGUAACUUCGUCCUACUCCGAGGGGGCUGCCGUCGAGUGUGAAGGGUGAGAAUUAAACACUUCCUGGUCAGUGUUAUGGAUCCUAAAGGUCACGUAAGGUCGCGACCCUUGACUUUUGGUCCUCUUUGUCAAAGUGAAGGAUUUUCCUUCCAACAACAGAAAAAAGAAGCUUCCUCCAAAUAUUAUUGGCUGUAUCCCCGAUGACACCUUAUUCCCUAUGGGCCCCGGUUGAAAGUAGUGCACUACAGCUCUAUUUGCCCUGGUUGAAAGUAGUGCACUAGAUAGGGAAUAGGGUGGUGUUUGUGGUGCAGACAUUAUUUCCGGGACCAAGUCAAACGUAGACGUCAUUUUUCAUUAUUAAUCAUUAAUAUCAUUUAUUGUGGUUAACUGUUGUCCUUUUUCUCUUUCCACUUUGAGUCGUUUCCGUGUACUGGUGCUGAUGUACAGGCGACGACGACGACGAAACAUAUAUCCCAGAAAUAAUGGCUAUUUGUAAAUAUGUUUUUACAUCAGAUAAUACUUGUCUCUACUCUGUAAAGAAAUGACCGUUUGUUUUUAUUAAAAAUAGAGGAGUAUUUUUAUUUCCGUAAUUUGUUUCCACUCUUAACCCAUCGGCGCUACGCCGGUGCACUUCUGAUCAUGUCUUACUACUCAUUUCUAUUGUACACUUCUUCUAAUGUUGAUUUUGAAGUUUAUUUUUUUUUCUAGUUUGAGAUUUUGACUCUGUACCUAAAAGCCGCGGUUAUUUCCUUUUAUCCUGUACAGAAUUCUGAAAAUGUUAACACAAGACAAUUACAAAAAAAAUAAAACAAAACACUUGUUUUUCUAAAAAGAUACAAAUAAAGAGAGAAUGUUCUCGCUGAUCAUAUUUAAUAUAA